CAGCAGGUGUAGGUUGCAGACAGCUGCUGCAGAUCGGGCUCCAUACUCCUACACUGCCGGGAUACGCUCUUCCACAGAUGUAUACAGUGGAAAGAGAGCAAUUGACCAUCACAUAGGCUGCAUCCGCAGAGAUUUCUCUUUUCUUGGUCAGGCCCCUGUGUUAACAGGUUGUUAGCGUGCAAUAUGUCACUGAGACCAACAAGAAAACUAGAUUCUUCUACACUAGAGAAGAUUGCCGCAGACAUGAGCAGUCUGAUAGAAAAUCUUGACACCAGUGAGCUCCACUUUGAUGGAGAGGAAGUGGAUGCAGAUGUAAGUGAUGCCAAAUCAAGCGGUGUCUGCAUUCCCUUCUCUGCCAUUUACAACACAAAAGGGUUUAAAGAACCCGACCUCCAAUCAUUCUUGACAGGAUGUCCUAUUAAAGUGAGGGUUCUCGAAGUGGAACGUUUUGCUUCAUCAUCUUCCUCAAAGACAUCGGUUCUGAACAUUUACACAAUUGAACUAACCCACGGGGAGUUUAUAUGGCAAGUCAAGAGGAAAUAUAAGCACUUCCAGGACCUCCACAGAGAGCUGCUACGGUAUAAAGCUUUCAUCCGAAUCCCUAUUCCUACCAGGAGCCACACAGUGAGAAGGCAGACAGUAAAAAGAGGAGAUGUGAGGCCCAUGCCAAGUCUUCCCCGGAAUGCAGAGAUUGUCAGAGAAGAACAGUCUUCCAGCAGAAGGAAACAACUGGAAGAUUACUUAACAGCACUAUUAAAAAUGCCAAUGUACCGGAAUUAUCACGCAACAAGAGAAUUCAUUGAUGUAAACCAGUUAUCUUUUAUCCACGAUCUUGGACCAAAGGGCAUAGAAGGAAUGAUCAUGAAGAGAUCUGGUGGUCACAGAAUACCGGGCUUAAAUUGCUGUGGACAAGGCAGUGUUUGCUACCGAUGGUCAAAGAGGUGGUUGGUUGUAAAGGAUUCUUUCCUGUUGUACAUGAAGAUAGACACUGGUGCCAUUUCUUUUGUUCAUUUGGUUGAUCAGGAAUUCAAUAUAAAGAUUGGAAAAAAGGACACAGAGACCCAGUAUGGGUUACGCAUAGACAAUCUGUCCAGGUCUUUAAUCUUAAAAUGUAACAGCUAUCGACAUGCCCGCUGGUGGGGUCAGGCUAUUGAAGAAUUUGUUAGAAAGCAUGGAAACAACUUCCUUAUGGAGCACAGAUUUGGCUCCUAUGCAGCAGUUCAAAAUCACACUCUCUGCAAAUGGUAUGUCAAUGCUAAGGGAUAUUUUAAUGAUGUGGCAGAUGCUAUGGAAGCAGCAAAAGAAGAAAUUUUUAUUACAGACUGGUGGCUGAGUCCAGAAAUAUUCCUCAAGCGACCGGUGGUGGAAGGGAACCGCUGGAGAUUGGAUUGCAUCCUAAAGAGAAAGGCGCAACAAGGAGUAAAGAUAUUUGUCAUGCUGUAUAAGGAAGUAGAAUUGGCGUUGGGAAUAAACAGCGAGUACAGCAAGAGGACUCUCCUACGGAUACAUCCCAAUAUUAAGGUGAUGAGACAUCCAGAUCAUAUGUCAUCCUCUGUCUACCUGUGGGCACAUCAUGAGAAAAUUAUUGUGAUAGAUCAGUCAGUGGCUUUUGUUGGAGGCAUCGACCUGGCAUAUGGGCGAUGGGAUGAUGAUGAACACAGGCUGACUGAUGUUGGAAGCGUCAAGCGAAUCACAACUGCACAGUCAACUACUGCCAUAAACACGGUCCUAUCGGGCUCCACUCAGGCUCUGAAUGGUAAGGACCAGUCUCAGGGGAAGAUCAGCUUCCAGUUACAACCUAAGCAAGGUGAAGAAGUGGUGGAUAGCUCCAAGAUUCGAGGAAUGGGAAAAUCCAGAAAGUUUGCAGGGUUCAGCCUGUAUAAGCAGCUCCACAAAAACAACCUCCAGCAUGCGGACAGCGUCAGCAGCAUAGACAGCCAGUCCCGCUUUAUCUCAGAGUAUACUCACAGUAGUCAACAGAAAUUAUUCCAUAAUUUUAAACCACAUCGGAAGUUGUUUCAUUCCUCUGCGCAAAGGUUCACUCAGUUUCAGACUGACAGGGGAUCUGUUCGUAGUUUACAGACAGGUGUGGGAGAACUUCUUGGGGAAACCCGAUUCUGGCACGGAAAAGACUAUUGCAACUUUGUCUUCAAAGACUGGGUACAGCUGGAUAAGCCCUUUGAUGACUUCAUUGACAGGUACCAAACACCUAGAAUGCCCUGGCAUGACAUUUCUUCUGUAGUACAUGGAAGAGCAGCACGUGAUGUUGCAAGGCAUUUUAUUCAACGCUGGAACUUCACAAAGAUCAUGAAGCCUAAGUACCGUUCCCUUUCCUAUCCGUUCUUGCUGCCAAAGUCUCACAAGACAGCCAAGGAGUUACCCUACCAGGUCCCUGGGUCAGUUCAUGCCAGUGCACAGGUGCUCCGUUCUGCAGCAGACUGGUCAGCAGGUAUUAAGUACCACGAAGAGUCAAUCCACAAUGCCUAUGUACACGUGAUAGAAAACAGCAAGCACUACAUCUACAUUGAGAACCAGUUCUUUAUCAGCUGUUCUGACAAUAAAGUUGUGUUUAACAAGAUUGGAGACACCAUUGCCCAGAGAAUCAUUAAAGCUCACAGAGAAAACAAAAGGUAUCGAGUGUAUGUAAUAACUCCGCUGCUUCCUGGGUUUGAAGGAGAUAUUUCAACUGGAGGGGGAAGUGCGUUGCAGGCCGUCAUGCACUUCAACUACAGAACCAUUUGCAGAGGAGAACAUUCCAUUAUUGAACAGCUGAAAGCAGAAAUUGGAGAUAAUUGGCUAAACUACAUAUCAUUCUGUGGUCUCCGAACACAUGCAGAGCUGGAAGGAAACCUGGUCACUGAGCUGAUAUACGUCCAUAGCAAGCUGCUUAUUGCUGACGAUAACACCGUCAUAAUCGGUUCUGCUAACAUUAAUGACCGCAGCAUGAUGGGGAAGCGUGACAGUGAGAUGGCUGUUGUUAUACAAGACACAGAAACGGUUCCCUCCGUCAUGGAUGGGGAGAUUUAUCAAGCUGGGAAAUAUGCCCUGUCACUUCGCAUGCACUGUUUCAGGCUUAUUCUUGGUUGCCUCAAUGACCUCUCAGUCAACAUACAGGACCCUGUCAGUGACAAGUUCUUCAAAGAGGUUUGGGUAGCAACAACUGCUCGGAAUACAACCAUUUUUGACAAGGUGUUCCGAUGUCUUCCCAGUGAUGAGGUACACAACUUUGUCCACUUGCCGGAAUUCCUUUCCAAGCCAGCACUGGCUGUACAGGACCGUGUGAAAGCACACGAAGAAGUGCAGAGGAUCCGAGGGUUCGUCGUACAAUUUCCUUUCUUAUUCUUAUCUGGGGAAAAUCUCCUACCCUCCAUGGGUACGAAGGAGUCCAUAGUGCCUAUGGAAACAUGGACCUGAAAGGAACUUAAUCAAAUUAAAAUAAUGGCAGAAUACCGUCUGUUUACUCUAACCAGGUACAGGGAUUAUACCAGUGGACCCUGAAAUACAUGUAAUUCUUCCUUUCGGAUACAAGCUCUGCCCAGCUUGGCAUUUGUUCCCAAAGUCAAAUAUCAAGUACUUUGAUUAAUUAUAUUGCAAUGUUCUUUUAUCAUUCUCUGUGCAAUAGUUUUUUUUAUUAUCCAAUUUAUUUAGAUUUAACAAGUCAUGUAUGUUUUCAUCCAGUAUAUUUACUGUACAGCCCAAAUUACUUGUUUAUACAUGCAUGGUAUGUUUAUUUAUACUUAAAGUGAAUUCUACAGUACAUGUAAGAUAACUUGUAGGUGGGUCAAUGCUAUAAUUGGCCUGCAGUGCGCCCUAUGCCGGCCCCACCCUCUAAACAUGCUGGCCCCACCCCCUAAAUAUGAGAUGUUAUAUUGUCACCCCUGGAGGGUCCCUUGGAGGUUCCUGGCAGCUUUGCAGUAGUGCUACAGGCCGCAGGGUGCUGUUUAAGGCACACGUAGGGUCCAUGGGGCAGCAAAGGCGCCAUCCUCAGACCUUGCGCGCUGUGCAACGGCAAGGCUCUCACACCUCUAGUUACUGCCCAUGGUGUGGUAGGCACGAUAUCAAAGUAUGCUGAGGACCCUGAAAGUGAAUACUAAAGGUUUCUUAUAGUUAAUGCUGAGACAACCUGUGUCUAGCCAACCUUUGUUGAUGGGGCUAGCAGAACAUACUGAGAGUUGUAGUUCACUAGUAGUCAUAGAGCCUCAGAUUUCCUAUCAGUUCUAUUUGCAAUAUUAAACACUAUCAUUCCUUUUGGCAACGCUGCUAAAUGCUGUUAGAGAACAGAUGGGAAUUAAGGCCUAUAUCUUCUCUCUGAUAUUUCCUGUUUAAGCAGAAUUACUUGUAUUCCAGUAGGUGGCCAGCCACCAAAUACAAGUGCCAACUACAUCUGCUUGUUAGCAUAUGCCAGGGAAUACUACACUUUACUAUACAGCAUGCCCAAAAUAGGACAACCCAAUAUAAGAAAUCUGAUUAUUGUCAUACAUGUAUUUCUUGAAUUACACAUGUGGUGUACCUUACACAGCACUGCAGACAGAGGGCGCUGUGCUGUAACAUUGAGCCAUAGGAACCCAAGGACAAUGUAACGUAACAAUAGAGAACUUGCAUUAUAAUAUAAAAUAAUGUUUGUGUUGUCUAAUUUCUUGUCAUACAUUUCAUUUACUGCUAACAAAUACAUUGAAUUUAGUAUUACAUUGGUCCUUCAUUUUAAGCUGUAUGUCUAAUCUGGUCCAUUCUUGAGUCUAUUGUAGAUUUUUAUUUUUGUUUUUAUUUUCUUGCUGUAGUUAAAAAAAAUUGUGAAUUUAAUUGUCGUUUAAAACUGUGAGAACUUGCUGAUCCCUUAUUUAAUUGAUGCUCAAUUCCGUUAAUCGAUAAGCCCAGUACUUUUUGGUAGACAUGUAAUGUGAGAUAGAUGAUAUGUAUAAAUGUAUUUUUAAAUUAAAUUUCAAGACAAAUGUAAAACUAUAAUGUAACAUGCAGAAUGUAUUUUAUAUGAUUGUAAACAUGGAUCACUUUGUACACGUUAGGUAGAAUUUUGUUGGGGUAAUGAAAAUGCGGUUGAAUAGAUGUAAUUUCCUUCUGUGAAGGGUUAUCCACAGUACAGCUACUGUAUGUAUACAGCAUGACUUUGCCUUCCCUUGAUUUUAUCUAUGAGUCACUGUAAUUAAAUUUUAAUUAAUUGUU